UCAAUGCAACUGCUCACAUAAGCACUUACUAAUAAUAAAGCUGUGUUUGUAUGUCAUUUCCAUGGAGUGCUGCCGCUAACACAUAUGGAGUGUCAAGAGGAAAAGCCGAUCAUCUAUACUAUGGAAAACAAGCCGAUUGUAACAUGUGCUGGAGACCAGGGCUUGUUUACGUCUCUCUAUACCUCAUUGGCCCAACAGCUUCCCCGGGAGCCAAUGGAGUGGAGGAGGACAUACGGCCGAGCUCCUAAAAUGAUCCACCUGGAGGCUAACUUUGUUCAGUUUAAAGAGGAGCUGCUCCCCAAGGAGGGUAACAAGGCCCUGCUCACCUUCCCCUUCCUCCACAUCUACUGGACUGACUGCUGUGACACAGAGGCAUAUAAGAGCACGGUGAAGGAGGAUAUGCUGCGCUGGCAGAACAGCUUGCGGACUCACAGCUCAGCAGACUGGGUCAUCAUCGUCGUGGAGACCAACGACACGAAGAAGAAGAAUAAGACCAACAUCCUGCCUCGCUCGUCCAUCGUGGACAAGAUCCGCAGCGACUUCUGCAACAAGCAGAACGACAGGUGCGUGGUGCUGUCGGAUCCUCUGAAGGACUCCUCCCGCUCUCAGGAAUCCUGGAAUUCCUUGCUGCUGAAGCUGCGGACCCUCCUCCUCAUGUCCUUCACCAAGAACCUGGGCCGCUUUGAAGACGACAUGCGCACGCUCCGAGAGAAACGCACACAGCCUGGCUGGAGCUUCUGUGAAUACUUCAUGGUCCAGGAGGAGCUUGCCUUUGUAUUUGAGAUGCUGCAGCAGUUUGAGGACGCCCUUGUCCAGUAUGAUGAACUAGACGCUCUUUUUACCCAGUACGUCCUUAACUUUGGAGCUGGAGAUACAGCCAACUGGCUUGGCUCGUUUUGCGCUCCGGUGCGAAGCUGGAGCGGCUUACUGCUGCGGCGGCCCAUCGACAUGGAGAAGAGGGACGGGAUCCAGCGAGGGGAGGCCAGCCUACUAGACCUGAGGAGCUACCUGUUCUCCCGCCAGUGCACUUUACUCAUCUUCCUCCAGAGGCCCUGGGAGGUGACUCAGAGAGCACUGGAGCUGCUGCACAACUGCGUCCAGGAGCUACGUCUGCUGGAGGUGUCGGUGCUGGAGGGGGCGCUGGACUGCUGGGUGUUCCUCAGCUGCUUGGAGGUUCUACACAGGAUCGAGGGCUGCUGCGAUCAGGCCCAGCUGGCUGCAAACUGCUCCCACACUGUCGGCCUGUGGGCCUACGCUACUGACAAGUUGAAGUCUCUGGGUGAACUGUGUGGCCUGGUGUCAGAGAAGGGUCCCACGUCUGAGGACCUGAACAGGACCGUGGAUCUGCUGGCUGGACUGGGAGAUGAGAGGCCUGAGACUGUCAACAGUCUGCAGAGCCCUUACAAGAAGCUAAAAGAAGCGUUGUCAUCAGUGGAAGCUUUUGAAAGGCACUAUCUCGAACUAUCUCAUGCUGCUAUGGAGAUGUACAGGGCCAUCGGUCGACUGAGGUCCGCCAGACUGGUGGGAAAAAGCCUGGCUGAGUUCUACAUGAGGAAGGGGGACCCUGAGAAGGCAGAGACCUUCUUACAGGAAGCUCUGAAGUCGUAUGUAUCAGAGGGCUGGAGUCUCCCCGUCACUCACACCAGGAAACAGAUCGCUGAGUGUCAGAAAGUGCUGGGCAGAACUGUAGACUACCUGCAGACCAGUGCCUUGUUGGCAGGCGAUGUGAAUCUGACCACAGAGGAGAGGAAGCACUUUUGUCAGGAAAUUUUGACCUAUGCCGGCAAGUCUGGAGAUCAGUCUAACAAAGUGUCUCUCAGCAUGGGCGUCUUCUCUCAGCUCACGCGGCUACAGUUCCGUCCAGCCACAGCUUCCGUUCACUCCGGAGCCGUCCUGCAGGUGGAGCUCACCCUGCGAUGUCUGAUGCCCGUCUCGGUGCACAUACAGCAGGUCGCCGCCAGCAUCCACUUCGACCUGGAGCACGCAGGGACUCACGGGAGAUCCAAGGGAGCUCAGAGACAAACAAACCCAGGGACAGUAGACUUUAACCAGGUCAGCUCGUCGGCGGGGCCCCCCUCUUCCUCUUCCUCGGUUGGGGGCCCCCCUUUAGAGCUGGACGAGAUUCAGGACAGGAGUCCGUCGGACAAUUCUCUCAACUCGGCGGGGGUUGUGUGUAAGAACACUCACCUGAUCAUGCGUCGCCAUGACAGCAACUCGCCGCCAGACACACCCAACUGUGUCAGCCCUCCUGCUGUUACUAUGAAGGAAGGAGCACAGAUGCUGAAAGUGCAGGAUGUAACGUUAGAGCCUGGAAAUAACAGCAUCGUAUUUACAGCACCAAGUGGACAGCCAGGUACUUACACGCUACGUCAGCUGUGCGCCACAGUAGGUCAGGUGCAGUUCGUGCUUCCUCACAUCUACCCAUCGGUCCAGUAUGAAGUCUAUUCUCAGGAGCCCCAGCUGACUGUGGAACCUCUCUCAGAGCCGCUGCUGGCUGGUCUGCCUCAGACGGUGAAGUUCACUCUGUUGACGGGUCACUACACCGUGAAGAAAGGAGACGCUCUGCAGCUCAGCAACACAGACACCAUGCCCAUCCUGCCCUCCAACAGCUGCACCGCCUCCAUCAGCAACCCCGCCGCUGAGGUGGUGGGCGAAAGCGUCCUCUCCAUCCAAUCGUCCGAGAAGGUGACCAGCAUCAGCCUGCCCCCCACGCCCCCCUACCACACCCUGGAGUUCCAGCUGGAGGUCCUGUGCAUCAUCCCGUCCGGGUUGGACCGCCCCCCCAACGAGAGGCUGACCAACGGAGAGGUCCGUCACCGGCCACGCAGCUACAGCCACCCAGACACGCCCAUGACCGCCAUCGACCAAAGGAUGUCUAUCGACUGUCCGUGGUCCAUCUACUCCACGCUGCUCGCCCUCACCUUCUACAUCCCCUUCAAGACCAAACACUCACUGCUUUCUGCUGGUAACAGGAAGUACAUCCAGGUGUGUGUGCAGAACGUGUCAGACGUGAACUUCACUCUGGCAGAAGUGAAGCUGACAGAGAAGCAGCACGCCUCGCUGGAGCUGCAGUCCCUCAACACUAAAACUAAACAGCUUUUAUGCAGUAAGCACAGUGUGUUCUGCUUGUGGGAGGUGAGGUGGAAGGACGACCUGCCUUCUUGCCUCCAGUGCGUUUUCUCCGCCAACUUCUCUCCGCUCGACCAAGACGUCUCCUCCUUCAAACCCUUCCACUACCAGUUCCAGCUGGAGAGAGUCACGACGCUGUACAGUGUGAGAGCUGAGAUCCUGCCUCCUGCCGGCGAGCAGCACUGUCGCUCCGGUUUGCUCUGCGGACUGGAGGUGUGUAUCACACGACUGAGCGAGCCUGCUGAGGGAGAGAUGGCUGAGGAGAGCAAGACCGACACUGAUGGCCUCAAAACCACCAAACUCAUGUAUGAAGUGGCAGACAGCAGCAGUAACUGGGCAGUGUGUGGGAAGAGUUCAGGGAUGGUGUCCAUGCCCGUCUCUGCGAACGCCACACACAAGGUUCAGAUAGAGGUGAUGCCUCUGUUUGCUGGACAUCUGCCUUUCCCCAAGAUCAAAGUGCUCAAAUACCUGCCACACACUGCUGCAGUGGCUAUCCAGCCAGACCCUGACAGCUGUGUGGAGAACGACAGUCUGUCUCUACUGGAUAAGACGCUGGAUGACCAGGGAGACACGGCCAGCAUCCGCAGCCGAGGCAGCGUUCACUCUGUGGGCAGCGGGGAGCAGCAGCAGAAGGGCGUGGCCAUGCCUCGCCUGGAACCCUUCAGCCCAGGACAGGUAUUCAACCACAGCCAGACCCGGCAGGUCCUGGUGCUGCCCGCCACCGACGACCACAUCAUGGAGGUCAACGCUACAUGACCCUGGUGCCCGGACCACCCGCCCCCCUUCUCAUAGGACUCAACCCCCAGGCCCUGGAUAGACUCUGCUGAGCUUUUCUUUUUUUGUUUUGCUCCAGGGCAACAGGGGGGUACAUGAGUCCAUUUCGAAAAACUGCUGCAGAUCGCUGUGACAGACCCCCCCCUCCUCGUCCUCCUCGUCUAAAGCAUGAAACGUUCACAUCACUGGAGACAUUAUGGACUAGACACAGUGAAGAGCCAAUGACAUCUGCUGAUACAUUUAAAUAAAGAAUUUUUCUUUGCCAUACUUUGUACAUAGCUCAUUGGAUGGAUUUAUAGUUAUAAAUAUAUAAAUAUAUAUAUGGACUGAACCAGAUGGGCACCCGUAGUGCUCCAUUCGAACUGAAGAAUAACACUCCUGAUUGUCCCAUGAUGCACCAAAGCCCUACGUGUGUGUGUGUGUGUGUGUGUGUGUGUGUGUGUGUGUGUGUGUGUGUGUGUGUGUGUGUGUGUGUGUGUGUGUGUGUGUGUGUGUGUGUGCGUGUGCGUGCGUGCGUGUGUGUGUGUGUGUGCGCAUGUGUGUGUGUGUCAAUCAGCUUCUCAAGUACUGUAACUCUUGACUGAGUGUGUCCAGCUGUGAGUCUCACCACUCCUGCAGUCUUUCGCUUUCACAUCUGAGACUUUUGCCUUCGAUAGUUACAUCUGAGUCACAAACAUACGCUGCUGUUUUUUACUGGAGUCGGGGGGGGGGGGGGCUUGUUCCUAAAUUCAGGAUCAUCAGACUACACAAAACCAACCUGAUUACCGGCUCGUCGUUAUGAGGAGCGUAUCAUAGUGGAACACGUCUUUUAACCUCCUGUGACCUUGCGUCCUCAUUUGUUGUCCUCAUUUGUUGGACCUUUUACUUAACUUUGCUUAACUUUGACCCGUCAUCCUCAUUCGUACACACGU